UGUCCGACUACGAAACGCUGUCCUUGGUAAGGAUCUGCUAUCACGAAGUCUGUCAUGGUAUUGCAUUCAACAUCCAACAACAUCACGCUUCUUGUCAGAGGGUCGCGAUGGGUAUUAUAAAAAGGACGAUGCUUCUCCCUUAGAUGGGCUAUCUUUACUCUCGCCAUCCCAUACUCAGAGCUUCGCCAUCAAGCAUCACUCGCUUCAGAUAACGCCGCAAGAUCAGCUCCAGACUCAUCACCCCUAUCUAUCCUUCAAAAUGCGCACCGCCGCCGCUCUAGCCUUGUUGCCUCUGGCACUUGCUACGCCCUCGAAGCGAGAUGCACCCGCGCCGGUUAUCAAGCCGCGAGGCGCCCAGCUCGUCGAUGGCAAGUACAUCGUCAAGAUGAAGGCCGACGCGAAGGACGAGUCUAUCCAGAGCUCUAUCCAGUCCGUCGCCAGCGACGCCGACUUCGUCUACAACACCAGCAAGUUCAAGGGCUUCGCUUCCAGCCUGUCGGAAGAAGAGCUCGAGGCUCUCAAGAACAACGCCGACGUUGACUACAUCGAGCAGGAUGCCGUUGUCACUAUCAAGGCCACCCAGGAGAACGCCGACUGGGGUCUAGCGCGUCUCUCUAGCACCGAGCCUGGCAGCACCACCUACACCUACGACGACAGCGCUGGUGAGGGUACCUGCGCUUAUGUCAUCGACACUGGCAUCGAAGUCGACCACGAGGAAUUCGAGGGCCGCGCCCAGUGGCUCAACAACUUCGCUGACGAUGACGACACCGAUGGCAACGGCCACGGUACGCACGUCGCCGGCACCAUCGGCUCGAAGACGUACGGAGUUGCUAAGAAGACGUCUCUCUUCGCCGUCAAGGUCCUCGACGCCAGCGGUUCGGGCACCAACUCCGGUGUCAUCGCCGGUAUGGACUUCGUCGCCAAGGACGCCGCCGGCCAGAACUGCCCCAAGGGUGUCGUCGUCAACAUGUCCCUCGGAGGUUCCUCCUCCAGCGCCGUGAACCAGGCGGCCGCCAGCAUCGUCGAUGCCGGCCUGUUCCUUGCCGUCGCCGCCGGUAACGAGGCCACCGACGCUUCUUCUUCUUCCCCCGCCUCGGAGGAAAGCGCCUGCACCGUCGGUGCCACCACCAAGGACGACGAGCUUGCCGAGUACUCCAACUACGGCAGCCUUGUUGACAUCCUUGCCCCCGGCACCGAUAUCGAGUCCACCUGGAUUGGUGGAUCUACCAACGUCAUCUCUGGAACCUCGAUGGCUUCCCCCCACAUUGCCGGCCUUGGUGCCUACUACUUGGGACUUGACGCUUCUCCCGUCGGCUCUCUCUGCGACUACAUCGCCCAGAGCGCUCUCUCCGGCGCUAUCUCUGGCGUUCCCAGCGGCACUGCCAACCUCCUUGCUAACAACGGCGAGUCUUAAAUCAUAGAAUCUGAGAAUAUGCUCGAUGGUAGCUUAGUUAUACCCGGUGGAGACUUUGUAUAUCAUUAACCAUCUAGUGGGACUUAUAGGGCGAAUGCCUUCUUAUAUAUGUAUAUAGUUGGGACUGGCGAGGGAUCGAGAAUGGGGACUGGGGGAUUGCCCAGUUAAUUGACGAUAAUAACCAUAUCCAUGUCGUACCUAGCUCUCCGAAUUUUCCCAGUGUCUGACGUUCAAAGUUUCCCAAAUAGGGGUUACUAGAAUUUAUGCUACUGAACCUACC